AUGGAUCCACCAACGCACUUGUGCAUCCGCGUCUCCCCCAGCAACGAACUGAGCGUUCUAACGCCCUCUGGCGCGAUCCCUUUCACCUCAUACGCCGCGACCACCUCCCUCGCGGCCGUCCGCAUCCUCGACUUGGACCUAGAACCUACCGCAGGUUCUGGCUGCGCAUGUGGCCGCACGACCUUGCCAGCGAGCAUGGCGCCACUCAAUGAUCUGGACCUGGACAUGGUGCGCCGAUGGACGCCGCAUUCGUGUGCUGCGCCAAAGGCGCGGCGAGUCAUCAACCUCGACUGUACGGGCUUAUCUGGGGGUGGCGACGGAGACGAGUUCCACCUCGCAGGGCAGGAGGACGAGGAGAGAGGGGUGGGCGUGUAUAAUGGGUUGUGGGAGUAUGACGAGUUCCCCCGGUUUGUUGUUGAGGGGCCAUUGCCGGCGCAGGUGGUGGUGCGCGUUAUGGCGCCUGGUGAUGAGGAGGAACUGGAGGAGGGAAAGGAGGGAAAGGAGGGUGGGGAGCAGGAAGCGGGUGAUGAAGAGGGUGAUGAGGAGGAGGGCGUGUGGGAGGACGAGAAUGACGACGCCGACGCAGAUGAGUACGCGGACGACGAGCUCCAUACCGACUCGCAAGAGGUCAAGAUCCGCGCACUCAUGGCCCAGACCAAGUACCUUCCCCUGGCGGCGUUCAUCGCGCAGGCCAAGAACACGCGGUUCACGCUCGUCGACGUUGAGAGCUGGGACGAGGACGAGGACGGUGUCGAGGACAAGAUCCGUGCCGAGAUCGGCAAGGCACUCGCUGGCCGCGAUGUUGACGACGUCGUGGGCUUCGUGUCGCUCGAGGCGUACCGUACUGAAGUGGGGCGGGAUGCGUUCCGCCUCGAGAGCCAAAACUCACCGCCGUGGUAG